AUGCCGAAAUCGCGGGACACCUCACCGGCCUCGCACGACAGCUCGGCCCGCUCCAGCAAGGCGGACGAGGAAACGACCACGGCGCCCCCGCUUCUAGAAGUCCCGGAAGAGACGACUCAGUCCUCGCAGACCACACGCCCACGCUCGCCAGUACGCCUCUCCUCUGAGCUUCAGGUCCGCGCAAAGAUGCAGGAGGAACGCCUGGACACGAUGUUGUCCAUCGUGGAAGAUUUGCAGGCAUCGACCGCGAAGGAGCCUCUGACCAUCAUCGCGUCAGAGGUGGAAAUUACUAAAACCACCUUGAUGGAGUUGCAUCUUAUGUUCCAUCAAGAGCAUCAAGCCCUCAGCCGUCUGUGGCCGGUGUCACAGCUCGACCACGGCUAUUACAAAACGAAGGUGGCCUCGCAGGAGGAGAAGGUCGUACUGACGGCCCGAAAGCUGAUUGCUCAGCUGGAGCAUCGACUUGCACCCAGCACGACCACGCAGACCACGACGUCCACGCAGCCACUUGCAGCCAAAAGAUCACGCUUGCCUGAAAUUGCACUCCCCAAAUUCGAAGGGGAGUACAACAGAUGGCAGGCUUUUAAAUCUGCCUUCACAUCGGUGAUAAUGGAACGCGACGACCUCGCAGAAGUGGACAAGCUCCACUACCUCAAAGGAGCAGUUUCAGGCAACGCAGCCCACGUCAUCGCUCAUUUACCCGCUACAAACGAGGCCUUCCAAAAGGCCUGGAAGCUUCUCGAUGAGCGGUUUGAGAACAAGCGGCUCAAUGUCCAGUCCUACAUGGACCGGAUCUCUGAUUUGAAGCCAAUGAAGCAGCGAAGGGCCAGUUCGCUGAUCAAGAUGACGAACAUCAUCGGCGAAACGCAAGAGGCUUUGACCACGUUCGGGCUCAAUGAUCCUCACUCCUGCUUCUUACUGAACCACCUCGUCAGGCUGCUCGAUUCAGACACGCGAGAACGCUGGGAGUCUUCUUUGAGCGCUCAGACGGACUAUCCGACGAUGUCGCAGCUCACGACAUUCUUGCUGGGACGAGCCCGAACAUUGGAACAGCUGGAGCGGGUGGCCGAACAAAAGACGCCGCAGAACACGCAGACCACGUCAGGACGCCCCGCCAGUCGCGACAUCCGGCUGGUGCAACAGCGAGCUUCCGUCCACGCAGCCGCCGCAACGCAGUCCACGACAACGACGACCACGUCCUCUGCACGCCCACGCACCUCAGCGCUCUAUCCUUGUGCGCUCUGCGCCAAGGAUCAUUUCUUGACAUCGUGCCCUGCAUUCAGGGACAAAACCGUGGAUGAGCGGAUAACUGUGGUGAAGGCUCAGCAGUUGUGCGUGAACUGUUUGGGCCACCAUAAUCUGAGAAGCUGCCGUACAGCACAACGGUGUAAGCUCUGCAAUGAGCAGCACCACACGGCAUUACAUGGUGGCAACCUCAUCAGGGUGUUGGUGCCAUUCCCGCAGACCUCGCAGCCCGCGACCGCCUCCACGUCUUCGCAGCCCACGGCGAAGGCAUCACAGACCACGCAAACACAAUCAGCACAACAUUGA